AUGAUGACCGUUGUAGUUUUUACUGAGGAACAACCAAUAGCUGCGAAUGCAGCAUCAGAAGAAAUAACUGUACAAGAAACCAUCAAUCAAGCACCAACAACUGUACAAGAAACCAUCAAUCAAGCAUCAACAACUGUAGAAGAAGUCAUGAGUCAAGCAGCACCAGUUGUACAACAAACUACAAAUCAAGCACCAAAUAUCCUAUCAAUGAUUGAUAUAAACGAAGUGGAUCAAGAUAAAUAUAAUUAUGAAGAAUUAAAAAAAAUUUUAAAAGCUGCCAUAAGUGAAAAUCGAAAUUAA